UUGGAAUCCCUUUAUCCUCUUAACUCUAAUGUCCCCCCGUUCUCUUCUUCCCGGCCAUUUAACAAAUUCCCAAAUCAGACGAAACGAGAGAAACUGUGUGGCGCAGCUUGUAUCCGCACUGUAGCCGACCGGGUUCUGCGACACAUCCCGCGGAUUCGUUGAACGAUUUAUAAAGAAUACUUAGGUUGUCAUGUCCGAGUGUGCGCUUGUUCUAGUUGUCGUCGUUCGGGCUGCGCAUUUUACUGAUCUUUAGUAGCUUGUAAUCGCAUCAGUGUCAAACCCCCCAGUUCCCCUCCGACCGCGAGAAAGGAUCGAACGUCUGUUUCCUAAUUUAUUUGCUGUUCUGUGCGGGAUUUACCGAGUCCGAUCACGGGAAAGGACUGGUUGCCCUCACAUGCGUAACUUUUAGUAUCCAAUAUCUUUUGUUAAUCUUUCUGUUUUUUCGAAGUACUGCUACAUUUUCCUACGGUGGGUCAGUUAUGCCUUUUUGAACUUUAAAAACUUUAUGCUCGCAAGACAUGGAGUUUCCCUACAAAUUAAGAAACGCAGUAUUGCUUUCGCUUGUUAUAAUUUGUGUGGUCGACGUUUCGUUUUGCGCAAGGAGAUCCAAUGUGAGAAAAUCUGAUCGGCUCAGUCCGCCGCUGGACAUCCAGCUGGAGGCGCUGAACUGCACGGCGUUCGGCGUCCGGUGGAGGAUGCCCCGCCGGCACGUCAGCACCAUCACCGGAUACAAGGUGUUCUACACGGAGGUGAGGAGCGGUCGGCCCGCAAGCUCGCCGGUCACCUUGGAGGUUCCGCUCAGCCUGGAAAGCCUCACCACCGGACAGUUUGAUGGACAGGCCAGCUUUGACGUGGAGGUCGGGGGCCUGAGAGUGGGCACGCUGUACCGCGUCAGUGUGGGCGCGUACGGUUGGGCCGGCGAGGGACGACCCAGCAUGCCCCGGGACGUCCGCACCGCGUCGCUGGAUAAGUGCAUGCCCCCAUCUCCCCCCACCCAACCAGGGGUCAAAGUGGUGUCGGACACAGAGCUUGCGUUGUCAUGGCAACAGGGCGAAAGUGAGGGAAGUUCACCGGUCCUGCACUUCCUGGUGGCCUAUAUCAGGCCCGAGCUGGACACCGAGUGGACGUCCAUCCGGGAGCCGAUCGCAGCCAACUCCAUGGUGCUGAAGGGCCUGAAUCCGGACACGGAGUACCAGUUUGUGGUCCGGGCCGUGAACACCCACGGGGCGAGCCCGCCCAGCGCCAUCAACAGCCCCGCCCGCACGCUCGUCCUGUACCCACAGCGCAGUUUCCGAUACCUGGUGAAUCGGCACGGGUACAGAGUGACAGUUGCGGAGGAGGUGGGCAGCGGUUACAGCCGGGGCUACAUCACCGGGCCGCAGAGCUACGACGAGGACGGCUUCGACGCAGACGACUCGGACUACGACGUCUACAUCGAGGAGCUCGACCCGUUUCCCGCCGUCACGGACGACAGGAAGUCCCAGCUGCGCUCCCAGACGGGGACAGGAAACGUGAUCUACAGGAGAACCACCGCUCCUACACCCACCACACCCACCCCCGAGGCCUUCUACUCCACCACCGUGACCUUUAACCCCGCCACGCCCACUGCCACCGCCACCACAGAGGCCUCCGCUGCCACCUUAGGCCCCGCCCCCUCCACAGCCACACCUCCGCCUCCCGCGCUAGUCCCCGCCCCCUCCAGACCCGUCACCCAAUGGAAGGGGCCCGUCCCCCGCUUCUACGACCUGCCCUGCGAGGACACGGUGUGCCCCGACAGCUUCUGCAUCAACGACUACGACAGCGGGGCGCGGUGCCACUGCAGCCUGGGCCGGGGGGGGGUCACCUGCUCUGAGGGUGUGGCAGUGCAGUAUCCUCAGUUCUACGGCUACUCCCACAUGACCUUUGAACCCCUGAAGAAUUCCUACCAGACUUUUCAGAUCACCCUCGAGUUCAAGACGGAGGCGGAGGACGGGCUGCUGCUGUACUGUGGGGAGAACGAGCACGCCCGGGACUACACCUCCCUGGCGCUCUUUCGCCGCAAGCUGCACUUCAGGUUUAACUGUGGCACAGGGGCGGCGCAGAUCGUGAGUGACAGCCGGGUGGUGCUGGGUCAGUGGCACACCGUGACGGUGUACAGGGACGGGACGAGCGGGUGGCUGAGGCUCGAUAACGACACACCUGUGUCCGGACGCUCACAGGGCCAGUACACCAAGAUCACGUUCCGCACGCCGUUCUUCGUUGGGGGCGCCCCCGGCGUGUACUGGCUGGCGCGGGCCGCGGGGACCAACCGCGGUUUCCAUGGCUGCGUGCAGUCCGUCAGCGUCAACGGCAAGGGCGUGGACAUGAGGCCCUGGCCCCGGGGCCACGCCCUCAGCGGGGCCGACAUCGGAGAGUGCAGCGGGAGUGUCUGUGGAGGGGUCACCUGCGCCAACGGAGGAACGUGCUUCGCCCACCGGGCGGACGGGUACAUCUGUUUGUGCCCGCUUGGCUUCAGGGGCACGCACUGCCAGGAGAGCUUCCUGCUGUCGCUGCCGAGCUUCAACGAGACGCUGCGGUCGUACGCCAGCGCCCCCUGGCCGCAGUCCUCCAGGCAGUACCUCUCCUUCAUGGAGUUUGAGGUGACCUUCCGGCCGGCCGCGCCCGACGGCACGCUGCUCUACAGCGAGGACACGGACAGCCGCGACUUCCUGUCCAUCGCGCUGGCGGCCGGGCACCUGGAGUUCCGCUUCGACUGCGGCACGGGCGCCGCCCUCAUCCGGAGCGAGGAGCCGGUCAGCGUUGGCUCCUGGCACGAGCUGCGCGUCUCCCGUACCGCAAAGAACGGCAUCCUGCAGGUGGACAACCAGAGGCCCGUGGAGAGCAUGGCCGAGGGGGCGUUCACUCAGAUCAAGUGUAACACUCCACUGUACAUCGGCGGCGUCCCUAAUUAUGACAUCACCAAGAGCAGCGCGGGGGUCCUGCGACCCUUCAGCGGCAACAUACAGAAGGUCCUCCUCAACGACCGCACCAUCCCGCUGACCGCCGCCCCGGCCGAGGGGGUGAAUCUGGAGAACGCCGUGCACCCCUGCGUGGACCAGCCGUGCGCCAACGGCGGGACGUGCCGGCCCAAAUGGGACGAGUACGAGUGCGACUGUCCCCUGGGCUACGACGGCCGGCACUGCCAGAAGGAGUGUGGAAAUUAUUGCUUAAACACUGUUACGGAGGCGAUAGAGAUUCCUCAGUUCAUCGGACGCAGCUACCUCACCUACGACAACCGGACAUCCUCAAAAGUCAGCGGCUCCAGGACUAACGCGUUCAUGCGCUUUAAGAGCACCGCCCCAGACGGCCUGUUACUCUGGGGGGGCAGCCCCACGGGGCCCAACAGCGACUUCCUGUCCCUCGGCCUGCAGGACGGGGCCCUCGUCUUCAGCUACAACCUGGGCAGCGGGGUUGGCACGGUCAUGGUGAACGGCACCUUCAGCGACGGAAGGUGGCACAGAGUCAAGGCCGUCAGGGAUGGUCAGUCUGGGAAGUUGACGGUGGACGACUACGGAGCCAAGACCGGAAAAUCACCGGGAAAAAUGAGACAGCUCAACACCAACGGCGUUUUGUAUGUCGGGGGGAUGAAGGAGAUUUCUCUGCACACAAACAGGCAGUACAUGCGGGGUCUGGUCGGCUGUGUCUCCCAUUUCACCCUCUCCACAGACUACCACCUCUCCCUCGUGGAGGACGCAGCUGACGGCAAGAACAUCAACACUUGCAGCAACUAAGAGCUGCGGUGUCCUUGUUUCCUGGGGGACGUUAUUUGCAGUGGGACCACUAACACAAGGACCACAUAAGCAGGGAGGGUGUGCCAUGUGACUGGACAACUCAGUGGUACUUCCUGCGAGAAAUACGAAAGGGUUGCAUCUCCACUUCCUGAAGGACAUUGUCUUGGAAGAAUCCUGAAUGACGAUU